AGUGAAGUAUCCGUCUCCUAAGCUUUCUCCAAAUUUUUCUUCCAAAGUUUUUAAAUAUGGGCCAUUUAACGGAAACACAGAGAAUUGAAGUUUUACUUCUCAUAGGAUGUGGCAAUAAGACUAGACGUUUGCAAUUUAUUUAAUGCAAAGUAUCUACCCAGAUAACAUUAUGAGGUUCAUAAUUGACGCAUAUUGCAGUCACAACUGAUGAUUGUAAUCCGCACCAAAACUCACCACAGCGCAUGCGCCAAUGGCAAAAUGUUGACAGUUUAAAUUUCCCUGUUUAUUUACGUAUUUUACAUGAAAUAAUGGCCGAUAUUUUACUUAACAAGUUAAUAAAUGAAGAAAUCGAUAUUCGCUUGUUUUUAUCUUGGCUCUCAAACGAAGAGACAGACGAUGAUAAAUACAGUGAAAUUAAUGGGUAUUGUGCCGAGAAAUGCAGUUUUGUUACGUAUUUUUUGAAUUUUUUACACGAGGAUUUACCCUGUAAUGAUUUUUUCGGUAAAACACCGCAAAAAUUGAAUACGCCGAAAAGAAUAGACACUAAAAUUACUCAAGAAAAUUCAUUCGGAAGGCGGCAAAGUCUAUUUUGUGUUGAAAAUAAUGAUAAAAGUUAUGAUUUGAAUAAAUCGUCGAGCUUGCCUUUAAAUUUGAAUAAGUCCAUUGAAUGUAAAAAUAACUUGGAUGUUUCAACAACAAGCACUCCUAAAGUGACAAAGUUAAUAAAUAACUCCCUUGAAGCAUCAUAUUUAAGUCCUAUAUCUCCAUUAUACAAAAAAGACAAUUUCAGCACUCCGAAGCACAAGAAAAGUGAAUUGCCAGGAAAAUCGCCGCUAUGCCUGGGUGAUUUUAUCGUUACCAAAAGAAUUGGUAAGAAGAAAACCCCGAAAUCGUUAAAUUUGGAUGAUAGUAGUGAAAGUAGGACUAAACGAAUAACGCCUACAACAUUAUGCCAAAAAAAGGUUAACAAUCGGGUGAGAGAAACUGAAAAUAGUUUCAACUUUCAAAAUAUCAGCGAGGAGAGUGAGAUUAACCGUAGUUUUAUAGCUGAAGAGCGUAAAAAGAUAUUAACACGUAAAAAUAGUGUGGAAUUUCCGAUAAAAAAAAUCACCAGUAAUUUGCUGAAUUUAAAUAUUGAAGGUGAAAUUUCCCUGAACUUGGUGACUAAUGCUGAUAAAUUGGUGAUCUUUGUUGAUAUUUAUGUAUUAUUUUUAAAGAAAAACUGGGUUUUAAACAUUACAAGUGAAGUAUAUUUUAUUGUAUCGUUAUUGUUAAGUAAAAAUUGUUUUGUGAAGGAAAAUAAAUGUGAUAGUGGUAACAUGAGUUGUGAAAAUGUUGGUGUGGAGUUUUUAAAAGAUGAAAACGCAAAAAAAUUUAAUUUGGAUCUAGGAUCAAAGAAAAAACAAUUUUACAACUCUGAAAUUUUUGAGAAUGUUAAUAAUAUUAUUUAUUUUGCUGUUAAAUGCUUGGAGAAUGUUACAGAGUUACUGGAAUUUUACGAUAAAUCGACGCUUAAAUUAUUAAGUGACAAUAAAAGAUUAAACAAAUUUUCCCCGGACUUGAAAGAGAAAAUACUAAAAAUCUAUGAAACAAAAAAUGACAGAAUGGUGGAAAUAUCGCCAAACAACACGCAAACAAACAUUUGCUUCAAUUUGGACACGGAUAAUAAAGAGAACUUUCCCAGUACCAACAGUUUUCAGUCUUUUCGCAAACAACGCGAUCUUUUCUACGAGAUACUUAGAAUCUGGGAAAACAACCACAUGUUGCAAGGAUGGAAUUUCCAAGUUUCACUUUCCGGAAAAAUAAAAAGCCUUUUAUCCCUAGGCUCAGACCCCGUGAAUUUUGUGCAUUUUUCAAGGCUUUUCAAGCAACAAUUGCUGACUACUUGCGGAACGUCGCAUAGCGACGAUGCCAGCGAAGUACCAUUUUUGCCAUCGUUGCCAAAUUUGGACGCCGAAAAAUUUAGCAGGCUCAAAAGUCGACUGGUCACAAAACAAAAUUCGAACGGUCUAAAUUCCCUGCCGUUUUUUUCUGGACACCAAGAGUUUUAUAAGGAGUUUAUUGUAACAGGCGGUCACCACACCUUUAACAAACAUUUGGGUGACAGUCUGAUUACGGAGAUUUUGGAGUUGAAUAGUAGUAAAUUCGAUGGGAUUGACCCUGAUCAAGACAUAGAUUGCACAACCAAAAAAUCCUAUUUAGCUUGUUUAAAAUCUUUAAGAACAUUGGCAAAAUUCCUGGGGUUUUUAGAAUCCCUACCAUACAACGCAGAAGUCCAACAUUUCCCGGAAAACAUAUUAAAUCUGCAAAUAAAAGUUAGGAGCGAUGUUUACCCGAACUUUGACGUAAACCGCAUUUUAAAAAACUCAAUUAUCGAACGAAAAGUCGUACUAAGUGUACCUUGGAUUGUUAAAUAUUUGGCCAUGUUGGACUAUGUAACACUGAGGUUGCCAUAUUUUAGAGAUUUAUUCGCGGUUUUAUUCAACUUGUACAAAAAUUAUAAUGGAACCGCCUUUAACACAUCUCUAAUAAAAAUAUCGCUGGGAUGGUUAUUCGAGCUGCCAAGUUUCCCCGACACUGAUUUUUUCAACCACAUAGACGGCACGAAGGAAAAUCCACAAAAAACGGAAAACAAAAGUAAAAAGUCACCCUUGGAUUCUCUAGACAUUGUCGAUCAAAAUAUAUUGUACAUUUGUUGUCCGUAUUUGAGCGAAUUGAAAAAACUGCUGACCAAUAAUACGACCCAAAGUCACGUAACCGUCAAGCAUAUAACUCCAGUGACAGCUGUCAAAUCUUCGAACGACAUCGCAAAAAAGAAAUUAGAGUACCAACUUGAGGAGGCAUUUUUCAAUGGACAACCGAUGUCCACAAGAAAAACGGUGGAAUUUGUAAGCGAAAGAGUGGCUAGUACCUGUGUUAAGCAUAUAUGUAACACUAUUGUGCCCAAUUUCAAGAAAAACGCCUUGAAAGACUUACGAAAAAUCACCGAAGAGUGGAAAAAUAAGACUGAAACGUUGAGUGAAGAAGAAACAAACAUUCAAAAGAACGUCCUAAAACAAGAAACCAACAAACUGCUGCAAAAAAACCUCGAGAAUCUGAAGCAGCUUUGCCUCGGCGAAGUAACCGACGCGAUAAAGCAAAAAAUACCCAAAUCGGUCGAAAAUCUGCUGGCCUUGGACACUCUGCUGGCAACCCGCGAUACGUGCAUCGCCAUAGCGACGAGAACUUGUCUCGAGAGAGUUUCUCAUUGGGUGAACGUCCACGUGACGUCGGCGAUUUUCGGCAAAGAUUUUGACGGGGAGUUGCAGAAAACUUUUUCCGAGACUUGUUGCCAAAAGAGUGCCAAAGAUAAGCCCGUGUUUUUGCUGCCUCCUGGCGGAAAUAAUCGGAAUCACGACGAUUUGACUUUCAGUUCCGCACAGAUUUUGGAGAAAAUGACGAUAUUGGCCACCAGCAUAAUAGAAGGAACAGUCACAAUUGAUGAAGAAUUUACCUUAAAUUUCUUAAAAGAAUCACUGAAAACAUUAACGGAAAGAGGGGACGUAAACGAAUGUAUAAAAUCGUAUAUUUGUACGAUUUUAGUGGACAUAUCUCUACUUUUAAUUACGCAUCAUACAAAACUAAUGACGAAUAGAACUAUAAUGACGAAUUUUGCUUUAAUAUGGAAAACAUACCACGCAAAUCCUGACAAUUUAUUUAAAAACAUGAUUUCACCCAGAAAUAUCAUGCUUUUAGCGCAAUCCCAAAAUAAGGUAAAUUCUUGGGAUACCUUGGCGAGAUUUUUGGCGUUUUUAAUGAAAGAAAAGUUGAUGGAAUCCGAUACUUUCGAAGCCCAAGUUACGGCGAUUUUUAGGAAUGAGUGGGACCAGGGUACUUUAAAAAAUUUGACGACUUUCAUUAAAACAUUCGUGUUUUGUCAUAGGGAUUCUGGAGGGUGUGUUAGCCAAUUUACUCUUUUGCUAGAGUUUUUAUCCGAGAUGUGUGUCGAUUUAAAUAAUUGUUGAUUUUAAAUAAAUUAUAUUUUAAUUUUUAUAUAAAAAUA